CCCCCCACCUCCAACAGGAAUGGCAUCCUCACACAGGAAAACCUAGCACAAAGUUAUGUAUGCCAUCUCCUGAACAUGAGCACGAAUCAGUGUCAAUCAUCCAUGUAUACGUCUUCGCCAUGUGAGAGCAUAGCUUCUGAUGAUCUUGUCCUCGACUUCAACCGGAAUGACUCUAGUGUCUCUCUCGAGCUUGAUAAUGAUUCUCGGUUGGCAAACAGUCAUAGGACUUCGAACUGCACAUUGCAUUCCAAUUUUGUCAGUGGGAGUCUCUCUCCAUGCUCAGCAAUUUCUUCCAGCCCUUUCAGAUCGUCAAGAAAUAGCAACAUAAAUUCACCGUUUGACAACUCAUUUAGCGACUCUGGCAUCCGGUUGGAUCAGAACACUUAUCAACAUCUUUUUCAAGACAUUGUUAGUAUUAAAACACUGCUCUUAAGACUCAAGAGAGUUUUAAAUCAGAAUGAGCUUCAAAUUAACCUGUCAAAUCCAAGUAUCAAAUAUUACGAUUCAGAAGAGCAAGAUCAACUGAUGGACCUUAAAAGACAGCUCAUCCUACUGCAGCAAGAAAUGGAGGAGAAGAAUCGGAAGAUUUGCAUUCUGGAGACUCAAAUUGAGAGGUACAGCGAGAAAAACUUGAACGCCUCCAUUGACCUAUCAUCGCUGGAAAAAUCUACAUCCGCUACACAAACGGAGCGAAUCAAAACUUAAACCAUACGCAUACGUCAACAACACACAGUUCACUUCUAAAAUUGUGAGCAUAAAUUCUUCCCCCCAAACCCAUGUAAUAAUCCUGCAAUUCCAAUAAAAUGUACUUGACAGUUACCAAUUGAUCUCUGGCUAUGAAUUAUAGGCUAGUGAAUCUAUUAUCAUGCAAUAAAUACAUUUUAUGUGCGCUCAAUCAAGAAUUCAAUGAAUAAUACCAUGAGUCUCAUUUUCACCGUCACCAGGGAGCGUGUCUGUAAAAAUAACCAUCCUAUCGCUGGAGAUGGGUUGAAGCAGGUUGGUUGUAAUUAUCCACCUUGCUUGUACAGGGUGUCCUAGACUACCUGUACCAGGCUUUUUUCUCGGUUGCUUUAGGUUGGCAGAGAUGAAAAUCGGCGGGAAUGAAUAGGGAACUGAUAUUGAAUCCCAGGAAAUCCAUGCUUAUACCUUAAAACUUGUCUGCUGAUUUUGUCACUCUCUUACAUGAGUCUCUUUGGAUAAUUAUCACCAAAGGCAAUUACCUAUUCCAAUUUUGUUAGCUGUGCGGACGAUGACGUUGUCAAAUUGCCUUAGGUAAUUGAUUAAUUAUUGUUGAGAAUGUAGCUUUACCCUAUGAUAUUAGAUGCGCUCAGAACCAAAAUUCAAGGAGAGGAGGUGUAUUGCAACUUCUUUGAAGUUCUGUGGAUUUUCACAUGAAAAAACUCCAAUUGUUUCAGAAAAUAAAUAUUGAAAUUCGCAGAGACAAACAGUUAGACAAACAGUGUUUUAGAGGCUAGACAAACAGGGUCACGGCCCUAGUCAGAAGGCAGAAGAAGAAGAAGAAGAAAUUCGCAGCUAAUUACAACUUUCCACAUUAGUAACAAGAGCGCAUACCCAUUGCCUCAGGCGAGAGAUAUUCAUAAGUAACAGCCGAUAAUAUCCGUUUUUGCGGGACAGAAUUUCAAUUCCCGAAAACUCGCAAAUCAAACAAAAGUAGUUUUUGGCAGUCAUGUAGGUACUUAUCUCUAAGUAUGUUUAUAAAAUUUUAUAAUUAAAUAGCAUCAUUUACCCAAUAUAAUUAUCAUUUGUUGUGAGAUACUCGAUAGCUGAGAAAAAUAUUAAAAGACUGAAAAUAUUAUAAGCAUACACUUUAGGUAAGAAUUAAGGAAUUAAGAGUAAGUUUGUAUAUUUCAAAAAGAAACCAUGAUUAUCAUAACCAAAUCAUUAAUCUAUACUGUUUCUUUUACUUGCGUGUCAAAUAAAAUUAAACAUAGAUACCUACUUACUAUAGUGUUGCAUUAAAAAAAGAGUUGUAAGUACAGUAGGAGUAGGCUAUAGAUUGUUGAAACUUUACACAUCUGAGGGUAAUUGACACAAAGGAAGUUAUAAAGUAUCAAAUAAGACCGUUUGAUUUGUCGUAAAAAAAAGAAAAAAAAUGUAAGAAUUGUUUGUAAUAAUAGCUACUCGAGGUUUCAUACUAGUGAACUUAUAUUAUUCUUCAAACAUUCAUUUUCAAACCGAUAAAGAAAUAAUAAGUGGCAUGAUUUUACCUUCCUGAA